AUGAUCCCCAGCGCAGGCCCCCGGGGCUGCUGCCUGCUCGUGCUGCUCUGCCUUCUCCCCUGCCCACGGGUCUGGGCAGGCAGGGAUGCCGUGGGACCGGCGCUCUCCGCAGCCUCCUUCCUGCAGGAUCUCCUCCAGCGGUACGGCGAGAGCGAAACUCUGAGCCUGAAGCAGCGCAAGGAACGUCUGGACGUGGGAGUGGGACAUGCCAACGUCUCCCAGCCACCGCAGCAGCGUGUGAACCUCUCCCGGUGCUUCAGCUCUGUUGAGCUUUUUGCCAUCCACAACCUGAGCGAGGGCUCUGCCGUGGGGCACAGCGAGUUCAAGGAGUUUUGCCCCACCAUCCUGCAGCAGCUAGAGUCUGGGGCGUGCGCCUCCGAGAACCUGGAAAACGAGGAAAAUGAGCAGACGGAGGAGAGCAGACCCAGCUCGGCCGAAGUCUGGGGUUACGGUUUCCUCUGCGUGACCGUCAUCUCCCUCUGCUCGCUGGUGGGAGCCAGCGUGGUGCCCUUCAUGAAGAAGACCUUUUACAAGCGGCUGCUCCUCUACUUCAUAGCUCUGGCGAUUGGAACUCUCUACUCCAACGCCCUCUUCCAGCUCAUUCCCGAGGCGUUUGGAUUCAAUCCUCAAGAAGAUUAUUACGUUUCCAAAUCCGCCGUGGUGUUCGGGGGCUUCUACCUCUUCUUCUUCACGGAGAAGGUCUUGAAGAUGCUCCUGAAGCAGAAGGACCAGCAUCAUCACGGGCACAGCCACUACGGCCCCGAGGCUCUGCCAUCCAAGAAGGACCAGGAGGACGGGGUUACCGAGAAGCUGCAGAACGGGGACCUGGACCACAUGAUCCCGCACAUAACCAGCGAGCUGGAGUGCAAGACCACCUCCGGGGAUGAGAAGGUUGUGGUGGGCUCCCUCUCUGUCCAGGACCUGCAGGCCUCCCAGAGCGCGUGUUACUGGCUGAAGGAAGUGCGGUACUCCGACAUCGGCACGCUGGCGUGGAUGAUCACCCUCAGCGACGGCCUCCACAACUUCAUCGACGGGUUGGCCAUCGGGGCCUCCUUCACCGUCUCCGUCUUCCAAGGGAUCAGCACCUCCGUGGCCAUCCUCUGCGAGGAGUUCCCGCACGAGCUGGCUCUGGCCGGAGGGAUGUUUCUGCACAUUGCCCUGGCUGACAUGUUCCCCGAAAUGAAUGAGGUCAGCCGGGAGGACGAGCAGAACGGCAGCGCACUGAUCACCUUCGCCAUCCAGAACGCGGGGCUGCUGACGGGGUUCACCAUCAUGGUGCUGCUCACCAUGUACUCUGGCCAGAUCCAGAUAGGGUAG